CUUGUACAGUCCUUAAAAUAAUUUUCUGCGGCUUGAGUCAUCAUAUGUUGAAGCCAGUAACAAGACCUUCGGUGAGAUGAGUAUUAGCCAAAACGAGCAGCUGCAGCUCGACAUUCCAAACUCCGCUGAGGAAAACGCCGUGUUCUCUAAAACCAUGGCUGAACGUCUGGAGGACCAUCUUCAAUGUCCCACCUGUCUGGAUGUCUUCAAAGAUCCUGUUAUUCUGCGGUGCAGUCACAGCUUCUGCCGUGCAUGUCUGCAAGAAUGGAAGGACACAGGAGAACGAUCGUGUCCACUCUGUAGGACGGAGUUUAGUUCGAUGCAUACGCCUAUGAAUUUGGCACUGAAGAAUCUGUGUGAGAACGUUUCACGAGCCUCAGUCAAGUCAGAAGACAUCUGCAGCUUGCACCAGGAGGAACUCAAACUCUUCUGCUUGGAUCACCAGGAGCUUGUGUGCCUCAUCUGCAGAGACUCAGAAAUCCACGUUGGUCACAAGUUCCGGCCCCUUGAAGAAAUUGUGAAAGGUCAUCAUGAGGAACUCCAGAAAGGCCUGCAGAAGGCCAACAAAAGACUCCAAUAUUACAACGACUGUAGAGGGAACUGCCAUGAACAGGCAGAGUACAUCAAAGUCCAGAGGGAGAUGGUCGAACGCAAGAUUAAGAAGGAUUUUGAGGAGCUUCGUUGCUUCCUUCACGUGGAGGAGGAGGCCAGGUUGGCUGCGGUCAGGGAGGAAGAGAAGAACAAGAGUCAAACGAUGAAGGAGAAGAUCGCGGUUCUCGACCAACAAAUGGCCGCUCUCUCGGAUGCCAUUAGAAGCACUGAGGAACUGCUGACGUCUGGCAAUGUUUCUUUCAUUAAGAAGUUCAAGACUGCAAUGAGCAGGAUCCAAGAGCUGCCUGAAAGGCCGCAGCUGCUGCCAGGAGGUCUGCUGGACGAAGCCAAACACGUGGGCAACCUCAAGUUCAAGGUUUGGGAGCGGAUGAAGGAGACCCUCACCUACAGUCCCGUCAUUCUGGACCCCAACACGGCCAGUCCAGAACUCAGUCUGUCAGAAGAUCUGACCAGUCUGAGUUGGGAAGAACCGAAGCAGCAGCGUCCAAAGAAUCCAGACAGAUUGAAGUCGGAUUCUGUGUUGGGAUGUGCUUUGAACUUGGGAAGAUACGUCUGGGAUGUUGAGGUGGAAAACAACAAUGACUGGCAAGUGGGGAUCGCGUGGGGGGACCCCUGUUUUCAGCAGAAAAUGAAUAAUAGUUGGUUCGCUGGAUUUUGGGAUGGUAAAUACAGAAAUUUUAAUGGCCAAUAUGGAGAGUGGAAUCCGCUUGUCCAAGUGCAGAUGAUCCGAGUUGAAGUGGACAUGAAUGAAAGGUCAUUGUCCUUCUCUGAACCUGUAACAAACACCAAAUUGUGGAAUGCUACGAAGCCUUCGGAUUGGCCAAAUUAUUCCCGUAACACCAAAAUGUAUUCUUCCUUUCACACAUCACAUACAAGUCCACGAAAAAGAAUCCCCAACAGAUUGCAGAGCGUUAAGAAGCUUUCCAGUAGGCCAAAUUCGGAGGGUAACACCGUAUGGUAUCCUCCCUUUCAAAGAACACAUUCGAAGUCUUCUGAUUGGCCAAAUUUGUCCGGUAACACCAAAAUGUAUCCUUACUUUUGGACAAAACAUAAAAGUUCUCUAAAAAUAAUCCCCAUUCCACCUGGUGUUACGACUGCCAUCCAUUAGCGGUCAUGUUGCCAUGGCUUGAUUUUUGGCUUUUUGAUGUCAUCCAAAUCAUUCGUCUACUUUUUCCCAUUUGAUUUCACUCUCGUUUAUUUGCCAGAUCAGGUUAGGGGUUAGAUAUAUAUGGCGGAAAACACUUAGGUGACUUGAAGUUCCGCUCUGAGACCCCCAAUUUGGCCAACUUUCAAAAUUGUCUGAUAUGAAUGUGUGAUACAUCAUUGGAAAGCGUAAAAUCUCAAUUUUCUAGGGGAAGAAAAAUUUUGAACAGGAGGGAAUUAAAAAAAAAAAAAAAAAAAAAAGGAGGUGAGAGCACGCGAGAGCAGAAUUACAGAUGCCAUGACUUUAACGAGAUCUUAUCGCGUACUUACCUUGUUUCGAUCCAAAAACUCCAUGUAGCAUGUAUCACCGAGUGUCAAGACACAGCUGUGAAUCGACACAGCUGGAUUUUUUUUAGAUUUUUUGGGUGAAAUAUGGUAAUAUAACAUGGGUCGCGAUGCAGAAAUCGCAGACAUCAAGGAGUGGUCGAGAUUUUCUUUUUCAUAUAUGUACCCUUUUAAACAUUUUUUUUUUCAAUUUUUCUUUGUUUGGAUCGAUUAUUUAUCAUCUAACAUAUCGGAGAAAAUGCGAUAGUAACAAAAAAAAAAUACAAUUAAGCGAUAGAUAUGAGGUAGAUAUCCAUUUUUUACAUACGCCAUUUUUUUCAUUGUGACGUCAUUUGUUUAAAAGUUUAAAAUAUGCGAGUGAAUAAUUUUUUUAAGUCGUUUUUUUUUAAAAAACGAAAAAUCAGACAUCAAUUAAUAAUUCUAAGCUAAAAAUGACAGACAUUUUGAAUAAUAAAUAUAAUUAAUUACCUUCGUUUUAUGGCUGGGUUUAAACAAAAGCGGUUGCGCGACGUCUGUAAAAAGGGGGUUUUCAGAGUAAAACGGACACAUUAAAAAUAGUUCAGGGGCUUAAUGCGGCAUGAAUCUGCUAUGGCAGCAUAUAGACAUAUUGUUCUAUCAAACACAACAGUUGUUUUGGCUUAAAAUACAGCAGUUUCUUUUAAAGAGGAGUGCAAGAGCAGAAACUGCUUUUUCAGUCUUGUCUGUGUUUUCCGCCAUAUACUAAUCUAUAUAUUAUAUAUACAGUGGGGCAAAUAAGUAUUUAGUCAAGCACUAAUUGUGCAAGUUCUCCCACUUGAAAAUAUUAGAGAGGCCUGCAAUUGUCAACAUGGUUAAACCUCAACCAUGAGAGACAGGAUGUGGAAAAAAAAACAGAAAAUCACAUUGUUUGAUUUUUAAAGAAUUUAUUUUCAAAUCAUGGUGCAAAAUAAGUACCGGUAUUUGGUUAAUACCAAAAGUUCAUCUCAAUACUUUGUUAUGUACCCUUUGUUGGCAAUAACGGAGGGCAAACGUUUUCUGUAACUCUUCACAAGCUUUUCACACACUGUUGCUGGUAUUUUGUCCCAUUCCUCCAUGCAGAUCUCCUCUAGAGCAGUGAUGUUUUGGGGCUGUCGUUGGGCAACACGGACUUUCAACUCCCUCCACAGAUUUUCUAUGGGGUUGACAUCUGGAGACUGGCUAGGCCACUCCAGUACCUUGAAAUGCUUCUUAGGGGCAGUUUACAUGGCGACUCUGCAACACAAAGACGCAAUGACUGAGUAGCGGACUCGCCUCGCGUGCAUAUGAUGUCGGCGAAGACGAAGAAUUCUGAAUCCUGCCUCCAAAGUGGAAGAAUCCGAUUGCGGGGGGGUGAGCGGGGCUUCCUCGGCAUGAAUAUUAAAGGCUUCUGCGACGCAUGCGCAGCGAUGCCAAUAAACAUUAAAAACAGCAAAUAUGGCGGAAUGUCGGCUUUAAUUUACUGUUUCAAUAAUAUUUUUAAAUUAAAUAUGUUGAACGUUUCAAUUUUUGUGCCUUUUUGAACAAAAGAAAAAUGACAUCACUUUGAGUGGGCGGGCAUAUUUUUUUCCGGGCUGAGGGAGCUUGGUGGGGUGUUUGGGAUCAUUGUCAUGUUGAAAGACCCAGCCGCAUCUCAUCUUCAAUGCCCUUGCUGAUGGAAGAUUUUCCCUCAAAAUCUCUCGAUACAUGGCCCCAUUCAUUCUUUCCUUUACACAGAUCUGUUGUCCUGGUCCCUUUGCAGAAAAACAGCCCCAAAGCAUGAUGUUCCCACCCCCAUGCUUCACAGUGUGUAUGGUGUUCUUCGGAUGCAAGUCAGUAUUCUUUCUCCUCCAAAAACGAGAAGCCACUUUUUUGUUUCCCUGGCUGUGUGUUUGGGAUCAUUGUCAUGCUGAAAGACCCAGCCACGUCUCAUCUUCAAUGCCCUUGUUGACGAAAGGAGAUUUUCACUCAAAAUCUCUCGAAACACGGCCCCAUUCAUUCUUUCCUUUACACAGAUCAGUCGUCCUGGUGCCUUUGCAGAAAAACAGCCCCAAAGCAUGACGUUUCCACCCCCAUGCUUCACAGUGCGUACGGUGUU